CUUCUCUCUGUGAGCUCCAUUCAGAAAGUACUAGAAUAGACUGCUACUUGAGACAGGCAUGAAACGCAAGUCCGAGCAUCUUUUGGUUGUGCAGUAAAAAAAAAAAAAAUUAUAAAAAUCUUUAAAAAAAAAGUUUAAAAAAUCUUAAUUUUUUUCCAGUCACUUGAAACUAACAUUAAGGAAUGGCAUUGGACUUUGCAGCAGGAUGUAUGGGAGGUGCUGCUGGUGUGUUGGUUGGACAUCCUUUUGAUACCGUUAAGGUGAGACUUCAGGUACAAAAUGUGGACAAGCCCCUGUAUCGCGGAACGUACCACUGCUUCCAGUCUAUUGUUCAUCAAGAAUCUAUUUUUGGGCUCUACAAAGGUAUUGGCUCUCCAAUGAUGGGCCUGACUUUCAUCAACGCCAUCGUAUUUGGUGUACAAGGCAACGCAAUGCGCAUGUUGGGCAAGGAUACCCCUCUUAACCAGUUUCUGGCAGGCGCUGCAGCCGGGGCUAUCCAGUGCGUCAUUUGUUGCCCAAUGGAGCUAGCCAAGACUCGCAUGCAGCUGCAAGGCACAGGAGAGAAGAAGUCUUCUAGGAAGAUGUACAAGAACUCGCUGGACUGCUUAGUUCGCAUCUACAAGAAAGAAGGCAUUAGGGGCAUCAACCGUGGCAUGCUGACCACCAUUAUCCGUGAGACGCCAGGAUUCGGAGUGUAUUUCCUGGCAUACGACGUCCUGACGCGUUCACUGGGAUGCGAAGCGGAUGACCUGUACAUCAUUCCCAAGCUGCUCUUCGCAGGGGGCAUGUCUGGGAUUGCUUCCUGGUUAUCUACCUAUCCAGUGGAUGUUAUUAAGUCCCGCCUCCAGGCAGAUGGCGUAGGCGGAGAAUAUAAAUACAACGGAAUUAUGGACUGUGUCCGUCAGAGCUGGCAGAGAGAGGGCUGGAGGGUUUUUAGUCGAGGUCUGACCUCUACUCUUCUCAGAGCUUUCCCAGUCAAUGCCACCACAUUCGCCACAGUGACUCUGUUCCUCAUGUACAUGCGAAACGACGGCAGUGUGAAAGACUGUGAGCCCGAGCCUCAGCCUCAGCCUGUACAGCAAACACAGCUCCAAACAUCAAGCCUCUAAUCUGAUCCUGUUGGGGUUCAAUUGUCCCAGUUAUACUAGAAACAUUAUCAGCAAAAUUAUAGCUUCUUUUAAAGUUUUAUUUCAAAAUAGUAACACACUGUGCAGGAUUUUUAUUGUUCUAUUUUUUUGACCCAAGGUUCUGAAAGAAACUCAAAGCAUGUUUUCGUUUCUCUCUUCAGUGCUGCUAUGAUUUUUUUUUGUCUUCAGAAUCAAGUCAAGUCAAGUCAAGUAGCUUUUAUUGUCAUUUCAACCAUAUAUAGUUGUUGCAAGUACACAGUGAAAUGAGACGUUUCUCCAGGAUCAUGGUGCUACAUAAAACAAAGUCAGGGCUAAGGACAUGUAAGUAGUCCUAUAGCCACAUAAAGUGCAACUGUGCAACCUGGUUCAAACAGUGCAGGACAAGACAAACAAGACAGACAAGACAGUGCAGGACAAAAAACAGUGCAGACACAAAGUUACAAGACAAUAAAAAAGUACAAAAUAUACAAUACACAAAAGACAAUACCAAAAAAAAGACAGUAACAGGAACAGUGCCGACCGACCAGUGUAUAUACUGUAUGUAAAUACUCAAUGUUCAAACAAUAUUUCGUGCAGUAACAUUAGAAUGAACUCAGUUUCUUAGCAGCAGGUCCUUGGGAUAAUAUAUAGAAUUGUGCAAAAAACAGCAAAUGACUGAAAUAUUGUAAAGUAAUUAUAUACACUAUAUAAUAUAUAUAGAAUGUUUAGUCCAGGAAUUUGGAAUCGAAUCAAGUCGGUAUGGGGAACGUUGUGAGCAAGCAAAAUCGUUAAUGCCAAACUGUAUUAAACUGAGUAAAGGUCAAGCGGGAAUGGAGUCAAGCCUGUUUCAUAGAAAGACAAAGAUAUGGGUCCAAAAAAAAAAAAGGAUUACUUUGUCAGCCCUUCAGCAGAAAUGUCAAAAUUUCACUAGUUUUUUUUUUUUAUUUUUUUGCUGAAGUGGUUAUUUAUACAAUAUAUGACCAGAGGUAUGUGAGCACCUGACCAUCACACCAAUGAUUUCCACUAGAUUAUGAUUCUAUUAUGAAUGGGGUUUAGAUCAGGACUCUGAGCAGGACACUCAAAUGUAUUUCUCGUCUAGAUUCAGCAAGCAACGUCUGAUCAGAAGUGGAGAUUUUGGACGCAUAGACAGAUCACAACCACAGAUCAGUUCAGAACAACGACUGGUCAGAUGACAAGUGGACAGCUUGGACACACACACGUUCACACCCGGUAUUAAUAAUGCGUCUCCGAAGACCAGAUCAGAUUUUAUACAUUUCCACUAUAGGAAGUCUGCGUUCGUGCAUCUUUACAGGCUGUAUUUAAUCGUGUGUUCUGCUAACAAUAACAUAUAAACGAAAGAGAUAAAGGGUGAGAAAUGAGACUAUGUAAAGCAGAAGCUUUCAUCUUUGUUGUUAUAGCAUCAACUUUAUCCAAUAACCUGGUGACGCAAUUCCAAACAAAUUAACUAUGAUUGUAUAUUUUCCAGCUUUAACGAUUAGACAUCGCACUGUUGCGUUCUCAUUAAAGUGCGAUGUAGCCAUAUGCAUCCCAGACCCAUUUGGGCUAGGCUUCUUGAUUACUGCGAAGGGAAGACACUUGCUUUCAACAUUGUGACAACUAUGGAAGUGAUAGACAGGUGUUCAUAUACUUUGGCCCAUGUAGUGCAUCUUUAUAGGAUGAAUUCUGUUUAUUUAUAAAAUAGUGCUGCUGAGCUGCAAAACAACUUUAACUUGCUUUGUCUGGGUUUUUUUUUCUUCUUCUCUCCAUUGCAACUGGCAUUCCAAAGAAAAGACGGAUUCCGAUUCGACUUUCAUGCCUCUAACGCCGCAUAGUCACAGCUACAGCUAAAAUCUAGCAAUUCAGACAAAUUCAGACAGGGACAAACCUCCUCAGUGUAAAGCUGAUGUAUACAUGUAUAAAAAUGACGUCAGAUGGGUCGUUGGCUCCCAUCAGCUCUCCACAGCACUGUUAGUGUUACAGCUAGCUCUGAUUACAGGGGAACACAACUCUGAAACAUUACACAGUACAACCCUAGUGUCAUUUGUAAUAUUAUUAAAACUCAAAGAUGAUGUGUGCGCCUUAAUUAUAUCAAUUAUUCCCUUACCUUCUAUUACUCUCUAACCCACGUAGGAUACCGGUGCAUUAUUUUAGUGCUCUAGAAUCAUUUUAAAUGCUACAUCUGGUUCUAAUUACCGUAGAGAAUCUCAGCAGUGAUUUUCCUACUGGCAUGUGGUUAGUGAUACCUUUGUGAGGUUUUUUUUUUUGUUGUUUUUUUUAAGGGCAAAAAAUAUCAAGUUUUUAAAGGAAAGGUCUCGCAUUCGUGUGUAUGAUUCAGAAUUUUUCGAUCCUUUUUGUUCUGUCUGUUUUUACAUUGUCUUCUCACAUGGAAAAUGAACAUGAUUGUACAAAAUGGUAUUUAUUAAUGAAGUAAAAGGGUAAUGAAAAUA